AUGGCCAAAAAUUCAAAAAAAAAAAAAAAAAUUCAUGGCCAAAAAGAAAUAAUGACCAACAUUAAUAGCAAACACCUUCCAUUUAAAGAAAUUAAAAAAAUAAUAAACAUGAAAGGUAGAGAUUUAUUAUGGAGAUACACACUGAAAGCACUACCAAAAAUAUACAACAUGCCAUGCCAACAGUUUGGGGAAGAUGAGACUUCAGAACACAUAUUCUUCAACUGCAAAGCCCACAUCAAAAACACACAAGAAAUCUUCAACUACACCCUAACUAAGUGUGGACACACCACUCACACCUGGAAUGUGAAGAUUUUAAACCAUCUACAAAUUGCACUAAUAGCCAAUUUAAUAGCUAUCAUAUUCGAAAAAAUUUGGUACAAAAGAAACAAACUGAUUCACGAUGAAAAAAAAAUAAUAAUUCAUAGACAACAAAAAAUUAAGAAUCAAAUCAAAGCAACGGCCAGAAGAAUAAAAUAA